AUGUCGCGAUUCCUCUUCUCCACAUUCCUCGUUGCGCUAUCGCUCUCCCCGCCCUCGGCAACGGCAAAUCCUCUGCCUACGGCUGCACCCGAACUCGACUACACCUCGCUCCAGAAUGCCACCCGCCUGCUGGAACGCGGCGGCUGCGCAAACCCCUGCGGCUGGUCCGGCCAAUACUGCUGCGGUUCCGACCAAUCCUGCUUCACCGACUCCAACAACCAGGCCCAGUGCACCUCCAAGGGCGCCGGUGCCAGCUCGGGCUACUGGCAGUUCCACACCAGCACCGAGAUCGACACCAACCUGAUCACCAAGACCGUCAUUAACAGCGACUGGGUCGGAGCCUCGGCCAAGGCCACGGCGACGGGCGACUCUUCGUGCAACACGGCCAAGGGCGAGAGUUCCUGCGGCAGCAUCUGCUGCGCUUCCGACCAGUACUGCAAACUUGAUGACCAAUGUGCGGCCAUCGGCGUGACCACUUCCCCAGGCGUGAGAGCGACAGGGACUGGUGUGUCUGAGUCUUACUCUGCCCCAUUGCGUCCGACAACGGGAACGCUUAUCGUUGUAACAGCCACGGAGUCGCCCACAACGACUCAGCCUUUUGAGUCGCCCGUUGCGACUGGGGCCACCGCUCCCAUUACGGGACACCAGAGCGAAGACAACGGUGGCGGACUCAGCGGUGGUGCUAUCGCUGGUAUCGUCAUUGGUGUUAUCGCUGGUGUCAUUCUGCUGGCGGCUCUCCUCUUGUUCUGCUGCGCCAAGGCAGCCUGGGACGGCUUGCUAGCCCUCCUCGGUAUUGGCGGCAAGAGGAGACACGUCAGGGACGAAUACGUCGAAGAGCGCUACCGCCACAGCGCUGGCGGUCAUUCUCAUGCCGAUUGGUACGGCGGUGUCGGCAGGCCACCAUCAGGGCCGCCACCGCCGAGGAAGAGCAGCGGUUUCGGAGGCCUCGGCGGUGUACUCGCUGGACUGGGCGCUGUUGCUCUCGCGCUCGGCCUUAAGAGGAAACACGACGCACGCCAUGAGGAGAAGAGCGAGGUUUCCGGAUACGGUAGUAGUUACUACUACACCGACUACACCAGUGAGAGCACCAGUUCCGAUGACAGGAGAUCUCAUGGCACGCGGUAUACUCAAUCGCGGCAUUGA